ACACGUGUAGGCCGGUUUGGUCGGAGCAGCAGCCGCCAGAAGAAGAACUCCUCCCCUUCCUCCUCAUUCUUCUCCUCCCAGUGGAGGCAAUGGUGGAAUAACGCCUGGAGGAAACCUCACGUCUUCUCUCACACCGCUUAAAGACAGUGUCUCCGCGUGUCUGGGUGAACUUACAGGUUAUUUGAAAAUGUCGUCUUGGCCGAAAUCAGCCGCAGGUUCCCGGCGAGCUCCAGCGAACCCGAACGGAAGUGCUCAAAAACGGCGGUUUCGGAGAGGAGCCCCUUACCCCGGCAGAGGAGAGGAGAGGACCGAGGAGCUCAAGGAUGUGUUGGACAGCUAUGAAGAACGAGAGCAAAUUCAAAACUUCACUGGAAGUGUGAAGUUUGAGGGAUUCAAGCAUCAGUCAAAUGCUAAACCAGAGAACUCCACUCCAGCAGACAGACGUAAAACCCUGUACCAGAAGUUCUACAGACAAGUGCAGGACGAGAGGAAGCCACCCGACUGCGUGGUCAUGUCUGUCACCAACCAGUGCCUGGAUUACCCCAAAUCGCUAAGCCAGUGCUUGCAGGAGCGUGGCCUGUCAGUGGAAAUGCUCUACCUUCAGGCGGAGACGGGCCUGACCCGGGCCCUGCAGGAUGUCCGAGCAGAAGGCUCCCCGUUAUGUAUUCUGGUGGAGCAGACAAACAUAGCUCUGUCCUCCUGCACUGUUAUCAUAUUCUCAGACUCUCUCAAAAUCCAUCGCAACAUGCCCAAAGACCAGGCCAUGGAAUUUGUUACAGCCGAGCACAGUCGUGGACUCGUCAAAGAGCGCCCACCGAGGGACCCUGCGGACAUAGCAGCACAGGCAUCGCAGCAGCUGGAUGAUUUUCUAGAACGAGAAAAGAUUGAGCGCCACAGUGUUCCCACCGAAACACGCCAGCUCCUACACCUGUUAGCCGAGGGGGUGCAUCUCUACCCCGAGGAGCUGGAAACCAUCUCAGAGUACGUCAGGUCUCGACAGGCGCACAUGCAAGCCUCCAACAUCGAGGGGGAGAAAGGGAGCAUGUUACCUCCAGGACUGGGGAAACCACCCCCUCUACUCCCUACUCCACCCGGACCCCCUCAGCCUCAGCCUGGAGACGGGCCCAUGAUUGACCACUCCCCACCUCCACGCCCACCUCUCUUGCCUUCACCAGGCUCAUAUCCCAAAACCAAACCUCCGCCGCUUCUGUCCUUGCAUGGACUUCCUGGUCCAUCACUAGGGGGCCCAUCUUUACGAGGUCCUCCACUACAGCACAACCUCUUCAACGGCCCCCCAGGGUCUCGUGGGCCCCUAUUGCACCAUCCUCCUUUAUUUCACCCAGGUCCCAGGGGCAAUCACAAUAUAAGAGGCCCCCCUCCCUCCCUAAAGAGUUCCCGUCCUCCACUUCUCUCUUCGCCAGGUCCCCCUCUCCCACGACUGAGUGGCCCCCGACACUGAGAACAGAGACACACACAGGCUCAAAUGCAGUGCUACACACCCAGACUACAAGUACCAGCAGUCUUUCAUUUUACCUAACUCUAGAGAAGAAGACUCCUGGCUCCUGUGUAGGAUUCCUCUUGUGACCUUGAGAAAAAGUAUAAAAGAAGGUAUUUAAUGUCUGAUAUUCUCGUCUUAUUAUUGUGGACGGAUUGACGGAGGAAAGCAUGGAGUAUUCUGAUGAUGAUGAUGAUGAAAAUGUUCUGUUUUUUUGUCUCUAACCUUAACUCUAAAGUCCACCCUUAAAUAUUCACGUGUCAGUUGGUAAUUUGAUCCUCUGUGGUGUUGGUGUCAGUCCCGGUGACGACCUGCGCAGGGUAAACAUUUACUGUCUAGUUUAUUGAGUCAAUUGCACAAAGAAUCCUGGAAAAAUUCCUGGAAAACUGGUUCAUAUUUAUAAAAACAAAAAGGCCAUGGUGGUCACAUGAUGGCAUUUGGACAUUGAAUUUUUCUGUAAAUGAUGAAUAUAAAUAAGUUGUCCACUGUUGUAAACAGUGUUUCAAGAUGGUGCUUAACAUUUGACAGGGAUUCUCCUGAGGAGAGAAAACCCACACUGAUUAAAAGUUUGUUUGUUGUAAGCUGUGUUUUUGCCUCGGAUUUUAUUUAGUUUUUGACAUCAAGAUAAAAAAGUUUACUGGCGCUCACUCAGUCUAAAGUUACAUAUACUUCUUUUGACGCCUUUUAUGACAAAUCAACAUAUAUAUUUUAAUUUAUUACCUUCAGUUUCAGUCGUGCUCAUUUAUUUCUUUACUUUGAUGCUUUGUUCAAGUGGCACAAAGAACACAACGCUGAGAAUGGAUGCUCCCUCUGACGCCUCGAGUGUUUGUAAUCUUAACUUUGUCAACCAGCUUAAAAAAAACAGAUGUUUUUGUUACAUGGAAGCUAAGAGGCAGCUUGAACUGUUUUGCCAGGAUGAAAUAAAGGAAGACGAACUUUUGUAUAUUCUCUGUCAAUAAUUUAUGCAAAAACCAAGUGAACAAAUGUCUCUUUGCAGUCCGACGCCUAAUCCUGUUGAUUUGGCACAAAAAGGAUUCCAAAGCUUUUUGUUUCAUUCCUUGUUUAUCAGCCCUUCAGGCAGAUGUUUGUUUAAAUUUGUUCAGAUUACCAUGUUGAUCUUUUCUCGUUAAAAUUCAAUGGAAAAACUAACAAUUUUACUCCUUAACAUUAAUUUAACACUAUUUUCUGUCUUCGUGCUGUUGAUUGGUUUUAUUUAUUUUUGUCUCAUUGUUUCAAUAUGUAGCAUUUUCUGAGUUUUGGUUGUGAAGAUUCAUUGUGAGGCGUUUGUGAACUGAAUCACAGCUCGUGCUUAAUACACACCUGUUUGUUACUUGGCUGGUGACAAAUCCUCUGUAUGUGUUGAAGAUUUCUUUUCAGUGCCGUGAAACCGGUUGCGAAGCCGCCCACGUUUAGUUUGAACCAUCAAAGUGUGAAAGAUCAUCGCGAAUACAACAGAGAGCACAGAUCUGAGAGGGAAAAAAACUUUUCUUUUAAACUGCUCAACAUUUUGUCCAGUUUUGUAGAUAAUUUUCAAAUCCUGUAUUCUCUUUCUUUUUUUUCUUUUUUUUAUAAAAACAGUAUAAAGUGUAAAUGUUCAACAACUGUGCUGUGGAGUGUUUGUGAUAUUUUCUUUAUGUGCAGCACAAUCAGGGUUUAAUGGGUACACGGGGGGAAGAGAAACAUGUUGGAAUAAUUGUGGUUUUUCUUUUAUUCAUAAGAGAAUUGACCAUUAGCAUUAACAUCAGUAUAAUUGUAUUACACAUCCAUCCAUCAACUGAUACUGAUUUUAAGGAGUGUAAAACUUCUGAUGCUUAUUUAUACAUCACAUACAUUCACAAUGCAUUUUCAGAGCAUUCAGGCAAGGUGUGGCAUCAGGGUAGAGCAUGCAGGAGUCAUGUGGAUCGAGCCUCGCCUGUGCACCCGCUGGAAUCUAGAUGUGACCACAGUUCAGGUUGAUUG